GUCGAUCGUCGUGUGCUUUUCACAAAGAUCAACUGACUACAAAUCGAAAUUUCACAAAAUGAAGUUGUUUGUGGUAUCUUUGAUGCUUCUAGGGGCUUUGUGCUUCGCCACCGAAGAGGAAAUCGAGUGUGGGACAAAAGGCAAAGGAAACGGGAGAAUUGUAGGUGGGAAAAUUGCUAAAAAAGGCUCACAUCCUUGGCAGGUAUCGAUCGCGAUUAAAAGAACCACACGUGUAGUUUCUCAUUUUUGUGGUGGCAGCAUUAUCGCGCCUAAUUGGAUAGUCACUGCUGCCCAUUGUUUCAGAAAAAAUGCCAAUCGUGCGAAAUACAAAGUCACUGCUGGUGAGCACAACCUCAGAAAAGUACAAGGCGACGAGCAAGUAAUGGACAUCGACAAGAUCAUCCCACAUAAGAAAUAUUACGACAAUCCGAAAGAUCAUAAAUACGACUACGACAUCGCAUUAGUGAAACUGAAAACCAAUAUCAAAUACAAUGAAAAUGUUCGGCCUAUUUGCCUUCAAACAGGUAGCUUUCCUACAGGGAGUCACUGUACUGUUACUGGUUGGGGAAAACUUACGGAAGGAGCACGUCGCAUCCCCGAUAUACUUCGUCAGGCCGUGGUUCCCCUGGUUUCUCAAGAAGACUGUGAAAAGGCCAACAAAGGUAUUACCUCACGCAUGCUCUGUGCUGGCUAUCCCGAAGGUGGCAUCGACGCAUGCACGAAUGACAGUGGCGGACCGCUGGCCUGUCAGACCAAAUCUGGCAUCUGGGAGCAAGUUGGAGUUGUGAGCUUUGGAAUAGGUUGCGGUCGUCCUAAUGCAUAUGGCGUGUAUGCAAAGAUGAAGGAACUUAAAGGCUGGGUCCAAACCACUGUUGAAAGCAACUAGUACAUUUAUGCAAAAUAAAUGAAUGAUCUAUCGAAAA